GGGACUAAUUUCCAGACCUCCACUUGGGUCUGGGUAAACAGCACCGCCCCGAUGGUUGUUUGUUUUAAGUGUGGAACGAUCCGUCGCACAGCGCCGGGCUCGAUUGACACUGUCUGCUGAUCUGCUACUGCGGAUUGCUCAGAAUAACAAGGCUGCUCGCUAAUUCCCGUCUAUCGGGGCUUUCGCCGAAACACCGAGAGAGUAGGGUCCAAAAAAAAAAAAAAUCCAACAGGGCAGGCAAGAACGCCGCGCCACCGUUGUCCGCACCCCAGAAUGGCUUCAGGAGAUCUUUACGAGGUGGAGCGGAUUGUGGACAAGAGGCGAAACAAGAAGGGCAAGUGGGAGUACCUGAUCAGAUGGAAAGGUUAUGGGCGUAAGGAGGACACCUGGGAACCGGAGCAUCACCUGAUGCACUGCGAGGAAUUCAUCGACCAGUUCAACAGCUCAAGAUGGCAUUCACACAAACGACCUAAGAUCCCAAAAAACCACGGGGAGCCCCUCACAGCCAGCCAACAUUCAGCUACAGAAAACUCCCGGGCGCGGUCUGAAGCCCGUAAGAAGAAAAGGACUAGUGGUCCAGCUGUGGGGAUGAGAGUUGGACCCGUUUUAGGAAUUGGAAGUGGAGGGUCGGGACUCGCUCAUAAACAGAAGAAAGUAGGUGCUGGUGCUGGGAAACCUCCUUUAGGGGAGAGAAUGAGCAAAGCCAUGACAUACAAGGCUCAUCCAUCAAGUGGGCCUCACUGUGUUGCCCUAUUGAGGGUUCCUCAUAAUGGACUUCAGAACGGAGAGAUGGAGCCUCUUGUGUAUAGUACGGCACCAAGGUCACAUAGACUGCCGUCAGAUAGGGGGGAAACAGAACUAGGACAAAGAGAUACCACUGGAUCACAGUUCACUACUGAACUAGGCUCCUCUCUCACCAAUGGGAAGAUGCAUUUGCACAGCUCAGUAAAGAGGAAGUUGGCGGAGGAGAAAGGCUACGUGUUUGACAAGCGGCUCAGGUAUAACGUGCGACAGAACGAGAGCAACUGUCGAUUCAGAGACAUUGUGGUCAGGAAGGAGGAGGGCUUUACGCAUGUCCUGCUCUCCAGCCAAACCACUGACAACAAUGCUCUAACACCAGAGAUCAUGAAGGAAGUCUGUCGAGCUUUGGGGAAUGCUGCUGCUGACGACAGUAAGCUGUUACUCCUCAGCUCUGUGGGGACAGUUUUCUGCAGUGGCCUGGAGCCCUCCUACCUCAUAGGGCGUUUGUCCACCGACCGCAGAAAAGAGAGCAGCCGAAUCGCCGAAGCUGUACGGGACUUUGUGUUGGCGUUUAUCCACUUCAAGAAGCCGAUUGUUGUGGCAAUAAACGGGCCCGCUUUGGGUUUGGGGGCAUCCAUCCUGCCUUUGUGUGACGUAGUGUGGGCUAGUGAGAGAGCGUGGUUCCAAACACCAUGUGCAGCCCUCCACCUCACCCCCUCUGGAUGCUCCUCUUACACCUUUCCUCAGAUUCUAGGUGUAGCUUUGGCCAAUGAGAUGCUUUUCUGUGGAAGGAAACUCACAGCACAAGAAGCAUGUAGUCGAGGUCUGGUAUCACAGGUUUUCUGGCCAACCACAUUUAACCAAGAGGUGAUGCUACGCGUUAAGGAAAUGGCAUCAUGCAAUGCUUUGGUUUUAGAAGAGUCUAAAUGCUUGGUGAGAAGCAUCCUCAUCUCAGUGCUAGAAGAAGUGAAUGAGAAAGAGUGCCAGAUGCUGAAGCAGCUGUGGUGUUCAACCAAAGGACUGGAGGCGCUCUUCAGCUACGUGCACAAUAAGAACAGUGAAAAGUAACCAUGCGGAGUCUGAAGGACGAAUCCGGUUGACGUGGGUCUGAGGCUGCCUCAGCAGGGAUGAUCGAGAAGAGGAUGCUGGGAUUUUCCAACUCUACUGAGGGUCUUUGAUUCACUCCGUCAGAGAAGAGUUUCUGGACUUUUGUCUACUUGUCUCUAAAAACAAAAUAAAUCCCAUCAUCAUCAUCAUCAUCUUUUGUACUAGGGCUUCUUUUUGGACCCUCUGUGUAAUAACGUCCACGUUCUUUAUGUAGCAGUCGGGGCCUGGUGUACAUCACUUAGAAGCAGAGGGACUGUCGCAGAGUAAUCUCACUGCAGAUGAUAAAUAAAUCAUAUAUGUUAUUAAUAUAUUCAUAUAUUUAUUUCAGAUGUAUAACUUAGCUGCUUUCUGUAUUUGAGCUGCAUUUUUUGUUUUUUUUUUAUUUUGCUCACUUAUGUCUUGAGUUGAAGGGUAAACCAAAGUCUGGUUAAGCAGUCUGUUUGGUUUUUGACAUGCACUUGCACAUUCACUCUCAUGUAUGAAAUCUAAAAAAAACCCUAUCGCUGCUAGUAAAUCAGUCCGAGGGAUUGUUCAAGAGUAGAGGUCAAGAAGUACCACAAUUUAAUAAAAAUCAUUAAAAGAAGACUAGAUGAACUAAAUGUGGAUGUGUAUAAGUACCAGCAAAUAGACCACAAUGAUUGAUACCUCUCAGAAAUGUCGAGUUAAAGUUAUUUUCAUUCAAUCAGGCAAAUGGAAGCAUGCAUUUAUUUAUUUUUCUAACAAAAAACGGCACAGUCCAGUUUUACUUAGACCAUUUUCAAACAGCAAAAUAUUAUUUGGUAUAGCAGCAAUUAAAUUCUUUUUUUUUUUAACUGCUGACCAGCUUUUUUUUUAUGUUUUCACUGGUAUUUUAACAAAUUUUUAUUGCAAUGAGCUGCAAGUCUGAAGUUGGAAAGCCUCCAUCCCAUCUGUGCCCUUCUCCUUAGUGCCCUCCACAGUCUUUCUCAAAGAUUACUUCCAAUCAGAAGAAACUUGGUAAAAUUAAAACAUUACUUGAAAUUUAAUUCUGCCUCAGGUAUAAAUGAGUUUAGUUGUGCAAAGUAAUCUUUAGUCAACAUGUCUUCUUUCUUCUUUUCGGAUUGUAUAAUCAGAUUGUUUGAUUUGUAUAUAAUCAAACAAUUAUAUACAAAUUAUAGUUGUUUGAAACGAUAUCUACCAAAUUUUACCAAAUUUUUAUGAAUUUGAGAAAGUAACGAUAAAUAACACUAAUUUGUCCAAUUCCCUGAUAGCUGCACUUACUGCAUCACACUCCAAUAAAUUAUUUGUGGUGUUGGAAUUAUCAGUUAAUCUAAAUAGUGUGGGUUAUUGGGGAGAUGUGAAAGGUUUUUAAUUGCUUGACACUCAAUAACUAAAGUAUUUUUUUAGGAUGGAUAAAAAUAAUAAUAAAAUAAUAAUAAUGAUAAUUUUUUUAAAAAAAAGCUUUGUCUUAGGAUGUCAGUAAAAAUGUCAAAAUUCAACAUUUGUCACUUGAGCCAGCCUGGUCCUGAUCUGCAUGUAACAAUGGAGGAUUUAAUUGAAUCUGAUAUUUUGCUAAAUGUAUUAUAUUAAGGGAUCUAUUUUGCUUCACCAAAGUGUAUAUGUAUGUAGGUCUGUGUAAGUCGUUUAGUAAGAGAUGUCAAUAAUUUUACAGUGAAGAGGUAUUUGCAUGUAAUAUAUUGUAUUGUACGUACUUCAGGGUAUGUUUUUGUAGCAUUGUAAUUAUUUUUGUAUUUAUUUUAGAUAAUAAUUAAGGUGGUGAAGUGUCAUGUGGCUUCCCUUUGCUUUCAGUAGCACUGCGGCACUUUUCAUCCGUCUUAGCCUAACUUAUAUGCCCCAGAGGUUACCCUUGGAUAAAUUCAGAGUAAAAACUGAUUUUAAAAAGUUUUUGUGUUGAUUACUUUUAUUGUAAUUGAUCAGAUGAAAGUCAAUUUCUCAUCUUUUGUGUUUUGCUGAGACCUAUGGAUGAGAAUGAGGUUUGCUGGAUUUUAAACAUAAAACUGUGUUAUUUAAUGGCAUAAAACUGGUUUGGUUUUUUGGUCAUUUAUUGAAGGGAAUUAUGCAAGAUUUCAUAAAGAUUUUUGUUUUUUUACCAAAUGACAAAAGCUAAAUUUAAAUUUUUAAUCAAAGCGAGGAACAUCACAGAACAAGGAAAUUUUCCCAGAAUUUGUUUUAACAAGUAAUUCCUGGGAGUUUGUAAUCACUAUGUAUGCCUGUAAAUAUAAGAUGACAGAAUAUGAUAAGUUGAUUGCUCUGAGAUUAAGUAAGCAGGACCCUCAUGCUGUGACUACUGUGUCAGUGAAUGCAAAUCACUACAUUCUGGUGACUCUAAAAUGAGGUUUUAUAUAUUUAUUUCUUUAUUUAUUUUGUUUUAUAAAUGUAUCCAAACUUGUCCAUUUAGACACAUUUUUAACAUGACUUCAGAUCUAAAUGUUCUUGUUUAAACUGCUUGAUAAUUGAAGACAAUCGUUUGUUACUUUUGCCCCAUUGCUGAUCAUAAAUGACCAUAUUCCCA